GUGAGCUUCUGGCUCUUUAAGCUGACAAAAACAAGGACUUAGUUUCUAUAAGGUAGAGCUGGCAAAUGAAAUGACCUUUUCAUACUUUCAUACCACUUCUGUUUUGGUGUUAAAGGUUGAAAUUAAACAUCAUGAACCUGCAGGUACCAGAAUCCUUUGAAGAUGUUGCUGUUGCUUUUUCCGAGCGGGAGUUGAAGUUGCUAAACAAACAAGACAAGCAGCUUCACAGAGAGGUGAUGGUACAGAAUUAUGAAAAUAUGGUGUCUGUAGGAUACGCUAUCCCAUUGGAACAGCUCCUGUUGUUGUUUGAACCAGAUGACGAUCCCUGUGAUGUAGAGGAAGAGAAAUUCCUACAGGAGGAAGACCAGCAUGAAGAUUUUUCCAGCAUUGACAGGAUGUAUGCAAAUUCAGGGAUCUGGAGUCCACAUUCAUUAUGGGAAUCCUGCCAUCUAAGCCACUGUGAAGAGAAAUGUUCUCAAUGUUCUUUGCAUCAUAGGAAUUGCUAUGACUUGCUUGAUAGCAUUUUAGAAAACAUGCAUGACAAUGACGGACAGUACAAACCUACAGAAUGCAUGAUGAACGUUAGCAAAGUAAAUGAUGCGAACCACAAAAAUGAGGGUUGCACAACACUGCAUGACAUUUCACUACCUGAGAUUAACCUGAAAGAAUGCAAAUGUUCGCACUGUGGAAGAUAUUUUUCCCUGAUAUGCAAACUGUUAGGACAUGAGCAGGCAUUCUGUGCAGAAAACCCAUCUCACUGCAUUGAGUGUGAGAAGACUUUUACUCAGAAGCAUUCCUUAGUUUCCCUUCAAAAUAUUGGAUGGGGAGAGGGGUCAUACAAAUGUGCUGAAUGUGAUAAGAAUUUUCCACAGAAAACUUCCCUGUUAUCUGUUCAGAAAAUCCUCUCUGGAGAGAGACCGUACAAAUGCACAUGCCCUGUUCAUAAUGAAUGUUUUGCCAGUAAUUUUAUAGUGCAACUUUUUCAGACAGCACUUUCAAUUGAAAAAUCAAGUACGUACACUGACUGUGACAACAGCCCUAGUGGUGACAAGACCCAUCUUGUAAGCCAUGAACUUAUGUCAAGAAACAAACAAUAUAAGUGUUCCGAGUGCAACAGGUGCUAUACUUGGAAGCAUAGCCUUGUCGAACACCAACGAAAGCAUACAGGCGAUUUACCAUAUAAAUGUACUGUAUGUGGUAAGGGUUUUCCCAGAAAGUAUAACCUAAUACUUCAUGAACAAAUACAUUCUCAGGAGAGACCAUAUAAAUGUAGUGAGUGUGGCAAGGGGUUUAUCCAGAAGAGUAAACUGAUAAUCCAUCAGAGAAAACAUUCUGGUGAAAAACCAUACCAGUGUCCAGAAUGUUACAAAUGUUUUUCUCAGAAGUGGCACUUGAUAGUCCAUCAUCGGUUGCAUUCAGGAGAGAAACCCUACAAAUGUAGUGAAUGUGACAAAAGUUUUACCCAGAAAAUUAAACUGACAUUCCAUCAACGAAUGCAUUCUGGAGAGACACCAUAUAAAUGUACUGAAUGUGACAAGGGUUUUACUCAAAAGAGUAGCUUACUAUGCCACCUACAAAUACACUCUGGUGAAAAACCAUAUAUAUGCGCUGAAUGUGGUAAGUCUUUUCUCCGAAAGGGUAGCCUUGUAGUACAUCAGCGAGUACAUUCUAGAGAGACACCAUAUAAAUGUACUGAGUGUGGCAAGGGUUUUGCUGAGAAAACUGGCCUGAUAACUCAUGAACGUAGACAUUCUGGAGAUAAGAGAUAUAAAUGCACUGAAUGCAACAAGAGUUUUAUUCUAAAGUCUACUCUAACAGUCCAUCUACGAAUGCAUUCUGGAGAGAAACCCUUUAAAUGUAAUGAAUGUGACAAAAGUUUUAUUCAGAAGCGUAGUCUAACAGCUCAUCAGGAAAUACAUUCUAGACAGCAGCCAUUUCAGUGUACUGAAUGUGACAAGAGUUUUGUAAAAAAAAGUAGCCUAAGAGUUCAUUUGCGAAUGCAUGCCGGAGAUAUUCCAUUUAGAUGUUUGGAAUGUGGCAAGGGAUUCAUGCAUAGGAGUGCUCUGAUUGAUCAUGAGCGGCUACAUUCUGGAGUAACACCACAUAAUUGCACUGAAUGUGGCAAGGGUUUCUUCCAGAAGGGUAACCUGACAGUUCACAUGCGUAAGCAUUCUGGAGAGAGACCAUAUAAAUGUGCUGAGUGUUUCAAGACUUUUACAGUAAAGAGUGCAUUAACAUAUCAUCAGAAAAUUCAUUCUAAAACUGAAACAGUAAUAAUCACAUGAUUGAUGAUAGUGUCAGCAGCUCAACAGAUAGCACACUCGCCUUUGAUGCACAGAAGUCAGAUGACUGUGGGUUCUAGUCUCACACCAGGUGCUUGUAAUCAUUUUGCAGUGCUGACACCACAUUGUAAAGGGUGCAGCAUUCCUCACUGAGUGCUACCCUUUGGAUGCAAUAUUAAACCAGAAUUGUAUCUGCCUGAGUUAAUAGCAGCUUGGGUGGAUGUUACCAAUCCUAAUGCACCUAUAGAAAACAGUAAGGGAAUUUUCUUUGUUGUCCUGGCCAGAUUGCCACUAGUCAGUAUGAAUAUUAACUCUUGCCUCCCCUGAAAAUAGACCAUAGGCCUGAAAGGGCUAACAUGGUAAAGGGAAAAUAUAGGUAAAUAAAUUGAUUGAUUGUAACUAUUUGCAUCCUGAAGGUACAGUGCAUAACUGCACUGAAUGUCACAUUUCUUCUUGAAGGAUAACUUGACAGUUUAUCUACAAAGACAUUCUGGAGAGAGAGAAUGAAACAGAGAGACAGAGAAUUGGUAGCACAUGCUGAAAUGGCUCUAUCUGGUAACUGUUGUGUGAUGUUUACUGAGAGACAAAAAUCAAAUACCAGGUUACUCAAGUACAUAGUAGAGCAAUGUCGAUUAUAAAGACACCCAUUUAGUUUCUACAGAAGUAAAAGUAACAGGGCUAAUAAAAAUAAAUUUCAAGCAUAUUAAAUAUGCUACCAGUAUAGGUAAAAGUGUAUGAAAGAGGCAAUUCUGGUUUCAUUAUAGGUGUUGAGAUGACACAGUUGGAAAACAUAAAAGACUGAAGCAGUAUUAACAUCAUGAACUUUAAUUGUACGCUGAGAUAGUUAAUGGGAUCUAUUCCCAUCACAAUAUUAGAAAUCCUAAACAACUGGAGAACUUAAAAAAACAGAGAAAGAAACUACAAAUGUGCUGUUUCAAGACUUACUGUGAAAAGUGCCUUAGUACAUUACUAGAAAAUGCUGUGUAACAAUAAAAGAAUAAUAACCUUGGGAAUUUGAAGUAUUCUCAGCCUUAUAGAUUGAGUCCGUUCCCAAUACUGCAUUAAAACUGAACCAUCAACAUUCAGAGAAAUUAAAUCAAAGCCAUCUUCUGACAUGAUUUUAAAUAUAUAAACUAUGCUGAGCCAUGAAAUGGAAUGUUUUCUGACAGUGGCUUAAAAGAAUAAAUAAAAUAUAUGUAGAAAUUAAACCAGCCACACACAGACAGUUGAAGAAAAAAGUACAAAUGUGGUGUUCUACUUGAUUUGUGGUAAAAUAUUACACAAAGGAAGUAUAUAGAAGUCAAAGUAAAACUGGUGUGAAAUAUGACUCGUGAAACUGUUGUAAUAGUCCUUGGGUGGACCUGGUAAAUUGGAUGCAUUAGAACUUCCAAGGAUAUUUGAAUGUACUGCUUAUGCCACUAACUUCCUCUCCAUUGUAAGUGGUGAGAAGAACAUUUACAGAAAACAGUGAAUACCAAGUGAACAGUCAUUUUGUAAACUAUAUCUUAAUUUAGUAAAAUAGAUCUAGUGUCGCCAUGAUAAUAAAAUUAACUUAACUUUAGGAUGUGGGAAGGCAAAAAUAAUACAGUCUCAAUACAAUAAAAUGUUACUGGUAACGUUAGUGCGAUGGAAUGUUGAUCACACUGACAUGGGAGUUUAACCAUGUGUCCUUUUUUAUUAUUUGUUAACCAAGUAAACCCCUUAAUUGUGUGCUGUUUUUUUUUCUUUAGAAGUGACCUGUGGUUAAGAGACUACUCAGAAUCAUACAGUUAAUAAAUGGAAACUAAGUCAAUGUAA